CCGCUUUACAAACUCAUCCACGACUUCGAGUCUUUAGCAGUCAAUUGCUUUGAUUAGUUCUCUUUCUGGAUGCUUUCAGAGUCAUUAUACCUUCUGUUAUAAGAAAGGAUAGUGGCCAGCGACAGGUUUGAGUUCGACCGCAUGACGGAAACUGGCGCAUGUACAAAAAAUCAUCUCUCCUAUCUUGCUCUUCACGACUAUUUCACGGCUCUGCAAGUAGUCUGGUCGUCCAGAGAAAGGUAUUGCCACCAAAAAGUACCACUCAGGUCCGCCCAACGGAGAGAAGUACGAAGCAUGACGGCAGAACCACCGCGGCACCGAAAAAACCAAGGGUGCCAUUUGUCAAACGGAAUGAGCUUGGAGUACAAAUGCUGUCGCGAAAGGUCCACGAGCAAAUCUUUCGCAACGUCUCCUUCCCAGUCCCCGAUAGGAGGUUCGUGCAGAUCGCAAAGGAACACCUCAAAAUGCACGGUCUCGACCCAUCACAGGGUUCUGUACUUCCAGACAUUACCUUUACCCUCCCACCGCUGCAAGGGCGUACGCUUGAUGAACACUUCCAUCGCAUUGGUUCAUGCGCGGCUGAGCCAUGGCUUACAUUUGCCAAGGAGUUCACAACGACGGAAUUGCCGCCCGCUCCCGAAAUAUGGCAAGUCCAAUCAGGAUGGACGAAAUAUCUAUAUCAUGCAGACGGCUCUAGCUACUGCAUACCAGUCGAAUACCCCGCGCAUGAAGGUGUCGCCGAGCAGAUCCUUGUCUUUGACGUCGAAACCAUGCCGGCAUACAGUCCGUACGCCAUCAUGGCGACUUGUGCGUCGAAGAACGCCUGGUAUUCUUGGAUAUCGCCUUGGCUGCUCGAGGAAUCAACCGAUCCUCAACAUCUCAUCCCAGUCGGCGACUCUGCUGUGCCCCGGAUCAUAGUAGGACAUAACGUCUCGUAUGAUCGCGGUCGUAUAUUGGAGGAAUAUAAUGUUUCCGGGACCAAGACUCGCUUCUUAGACACCAUGGCGCUUCACGUUGCUGUCAAGGGCAUUUCAUCCCAUCAACGUCCUGCAUGGAUGAAGUAUCGUAAGCAGAAGCAGCAGGAGAAGCAAGAUGAAAAGGUGCAAAAGGAAGAGGCCGUUGAUGCAGUACUGGAGAUGAUGCGGGAGAACGAGCGUCUUCAGCAGGAGGAGCUUGACGCUGCAAAAAAGGAUGAACUUCGUCGGGUGCGGCAGGAAAUGGAGGAAAGUCUGCCUCAACUGCAAGCGGAAGAUGACUUGGAGGCUGAAGCUGAUCUGUCGUCAAAGCGCUGGGAAGAUCUCACCUCUGCAAACUCGCUUGCCGAUGUCGCAAAACUUCAUUGCGGCAUAUCUAUGGACAAGGAGGCAAGAAGUGACUUUAUGACGCACACGCCUGCUGAGAUUCGAGAGAACAUUCAGGAUUAUCUGAACUAUUGUUCUACUGACGUCGCUGUCACUCAUGCUGUCUAUUCGAAGGCAUUCCCGGCCUUUCUCCAAUCGUGCCCUAGCCCCGUCUCGUUCGCCGGGAUCCUCACCAUGGGUUCCGCCUUUCUAACUGUCAACGAGGAAUGGGAAAAAUACAUCGCAAAUGCGGAACGGACGUACCGAGAGCUAGAGGACAAAGUGCGCAGGCGGCUGAUUGAUUUGGCCCAUGAGGCGAAAGAUCUCAUGGAAGGUGACAAAUGGAAGGACGAUGUCUGGCUCAGUCAACUUGACUGGACGCCUAAGGUUGCAGGCAAAUCCAGAGGCGUUUUUCCUCCAGAGGCUGAACAGACGAUCGCACCCAGUCCAGAACCAGUCCCUGCACAACCUACUACCGUUCCACGGGACAAAGUUCCUGGUUGGUAUAAGCAACUUCUUGCUUCUGGGCCGCUGAGUGUAUCGGUAGUCAAUCGCAUCCUCCCGUUUUUGCUUCGCCUAUCCAUCGAUGGACAUCCGGUUCAGUAUUCCAGUGCGGAGCGCUUUCAUUAUGUGUCGGACGGCAAAAUUCUUCGUCCGCCUACUGCAACGACGAAAACCAUGUCUUUGUUAGGUGCGACGCACGGCGUUCCGAACUUGCGGAGCGGGAGGAUGCAGUCCAGCGAUCCAGAGCUUUCCAUGGCUAUCGCGUCUGGAGACCUGUCACCUAAUGUAGCAAAACGUAUCCUUAACUUGGCUACGGAGACGCUUCAGAGGAGCCAACGCGAAGUCGAGCAAGAUCCAUGGCUCAAACAACUAGAUUGGAAACUGAAGCAACUUCCAGCUACCGACACGCCUUCACCAAAACCAAAGACAGAACCAUCUAAACCGAAGAAAGUGACUGUGCUCAAACCACCGCCUGUAUACUGGCCAAAGUGGUACUGGGAUCUGGCUAAGCCAAAUAAGGAUACACCACCGGGUACCCUAGACCUUACCGUGCGCAAUCGCUUUGCACCUCUUCUUUUGAGGUUAUCCUGGCAAGGUUGGCCGCUAUAUCAUUCUCGUGAACACGGCUGGACGUUCCGCGUGUCGCCUGACACGGAUUACAAGACGCAUCUUACACCAUUGACGUUCUACGAUCCCGCUGACGAGCGAUUACAAGAGCUUGUUCAUCGACGUGGCUAUACUUUCUACAAGCUUCCGCAUAAGGAUGGAGAGAAAGCGAACGUGGGUAGUCCGCUUGGAAAGAAUUUCAUCAAGUACGCUCAGGACGGGACGCUAACUAGUCCAGGUGACGAGGCGAAGGACGCGCUUGACAUGAACGCUCAGUGCAGUUACUGGAUCAGUGCUAGAGACCGAGUGAUGAAACAGGUGGUAGUAUGGCAGGAUAAACAUCUCAACAUGGGAUUCCCUCAGACGCAUGCCCAAGACGGCUCGCAGAAGUGGGGCAUGAUCCUGCCGCAGGUCAUCACGAUGGGCACAGUUACUCGUCGCGCUAUUGAGAAAACGUGGCUCACAGCUAGCAAUGCCAAGAAGAAUCGAGUGGGUUCUGAGCUGAAGGCUAUGGUUCGCGCUCCUCCUGGUUAUGCCAUCGUCGGCGCUGAUGUCGACUCGGAGGAGUUGUGGAUUUCUAGUGCCAUGGGUGAUGCUCAAUUUGGUCUACAUGGCGCUACUGCUAUUGGUUGGAUGACCUUGGAGGGCACGAAAGCUGCGGGAACGGACCUUCAUUCGAAGACUGCGAGUAUCCUUGGAAUCUCUAGGGAUCAAGCAAAGGUCUUUAACUACUCCCGUAUCUAUGGUGCCGGAAUGCGGCAUGCCGUCUUGCUUCUCUUACAGUCGAAUGCUGGUAUGCUUCCGGAGCAAGCACAAAAGUUGGCCGAAAACCUUUACGCAUCGACCAAGGGCAAGAAUACCCAUAGAAGUGACCUUUUCGGUCGCAAAUUUUGGUUCGGCGGCACAGAAAGUUUCGUCUUUAACAAGCUAGAAGAAAUCGCAUUGUCAGAUAAACCUCAAACCCCUGCGCUUGGUUGCGGCAUAACGUACGCGCUGUCAAAGGAGUAUCUGCCCACCGAGUUUGGCUCGGAUUACAUGACCUCCCGCAUCAACUGGGUCGUUCAGUCAUCAGGAGUAGACUAUCUCCAUUUGCUCAUCGUCUCUAUGGAUCAUCUCAUUACCAAGUACAACAUCCAAGCUCGGUACCUCAUUUCCGUUCAUGACGAAGUGCGAUACCUAGUGAAGGAAGAAGAUCGUUAUCGUGCUGCUUUGGCUCUUCAAAUCGCAAAUGUUUGGACCCGCAGCCUGUUCGCCUACAAACUUGGCAUGGACGAUCUUCCACAGGGCGUAGCCUUCUUUUCUGCUGUCGAUGUCGAUCACGUCCUUCGCAAGGAAGUAGACAUGCCAUGUGUCACCCCUUCACAACCGGUCCCCAUACCUCCUGGUGAAAGCCUCGAUAUCGCGAAAGUAUUGGAAAAGACCAAUGGCGGCUCACUAUGGCCUGACGGUUCAUCUAUGGAGGAUGAUCGCUCGGAGUGUGGCGGGACUCUCGAAACUUACAAAGAGCCUGACUGUCUGAAACAUCGUGCUAGUAAUGCUGCCUGGCUUCGUGCCCAGGCGACGUCAGACUUCGCCGAAGUCAAACACUUAGCCCAACAGGCUUCAGGAAGGAAGUUCGAUGUUGAGCUAAGUGCGGGGACUAGCCGAAAGCGAGGUGGUCGGCCCAGCAAGAAGUCAAGGACCGUUGGAUCGGGCGAAGGCGUCGACUGGGACUGCACCGUUGACGAGUUGCUACGAACGGAACCUCUUGCCUGAGCUUUUCUGCCUAUUUUCUCACCACUCGUGCGUUUUCUGCUUUCUUUUUUGUUCUCGAGGCCUGACUGAUUCUCCCUGAUAGGUUACCUCUUCGUCAUUUAACUUAUUGCUCAUAUACCUGUAAGAACCCCCCCAAUCGUUGUGUAGUUCUACAUUACCCGUAUAAUUCGUAUACUUCUAAUUCAUUUCUAUCUCGAGGUCAUCCAACGACCUUAUGAUUUACUUUGCAUUGUUGAACUGGUCAUUCAACUGGUCAUAUCUGUCACCACAUCGGCACCUAAGAUCCUCUUCAUUGUUCUCAAUCCAAUCAGAGUCAUGUUUGAGCGUUCAAGAACCCCCCUGACGACCCGAGCGUCAUUAACAUUGUU